AUGGUUCGACUUGCUGAAGACGAUGAGCCUGUCUGGGCCUCCAAGGCAAUUAGCCGUUUUGAGCACGCCAGCCCCAAAUCAAAUGGACUGCCAGUGCCACACAGCGGCGGUAUCGGGGGGCUCGAAGCACCCACAAAUCCAGAUCAUAACUGGUGGUGGCAGCGUUCCGCACCUCUUUUGGCCACUCUCCUCCGGAGCGCUGGUUCUUACACCUACGAGCAGCAGCUGGACCACAUGCGCGUGUAUCGCGACGCCGUGGUGCCAACAUAUGGGCCGCCUACCCCUCAAGCUUCCAUCCGUCCGCUGUUGACGAUGGAUGGUUCACCAUUCGAACCGUCAUGGAAUUUUCAGAACGACGGCACAGUUGUGCGCUAUACCUUUGAGCCACUGUUGCCCAACGACGACCCGGAGAACCCUUUCCCUGGGGACAAGAUAGCGACACUUCUGCCAUUACUACGAUACGUCGCGCCCGGUGCAGAUACGCGGUGGUUCGAGCAGGUCUGGUCUCGCUGGUUCGUGCAUGAGAAGAACGAGGUGGCCACAGCGAAGGCUGCACUCCCACCACACAAGACUAGGGUGCCACAAAUCUUCGUGGCAUUCGACAUGAAGGGGGCCGAGCGCAUCAUGAAGGUCUAUCUUUUCCCUGUGCUUAAGCACCUUGCCACCGGCAUCAGUACUGAGGAGUUAACUUGGAACACAAUCCGAAACCUCGAGCCGGGUGGACAGGGAUUCAGCAAGGUGGUUGACAAGCUGUCCAACUUCCUUUCUGGAUACAAAGAGCGUAUUCCUGUUGAGAUGAUCGCCAUUGACUGCGUCGACCCGUCCAAGGCGCGGAUCAAGGUCUACGCCCGGACAAAGUCCAACUCCAAGAGCACCAUACGCGACGUGUGCACGUUGGGUGGCUUGCAGAUGGACGAAUCAACCAUGCGUGGUGUCGAAAAUCUAUCUAAGAUAUGGCAUCUCCUCCUAGACGAACCCAACGGGGUUGCUAUGGAGCAGAACAAGCCGCCUCGCUUCCCUAACGAUCACCACUUGGGUGUCUGCUUUGUCUUUGAGAUGAGGCCAGGCCAGGAAAGGAUCGAAGUCAAGUGCCAUUUGCCAUGGGCGCAGACCAAUUCCAAUGACAUUCGCACAACGGCAAACUUUACCGAGGCCCUAGAGUUGCUGGGUUACGAACGACAUGCGGGAAAGUAUGCCAGGGGCGCGCUGGCCACGGCUAUGAUGUGA